ACCGCCCCGUCCGUCCGUCCCUCCCUCCCUCCCUCCGUCCUGACGGGCGUGUCCCGGUGGGCUCCGGCCGUGGGCUCCGGGGCGUCCCCCGGGCCGAACAUGAUGGACUUCAACAUGAAGAAGCUGGCGGCCGACGCGGGAACCUUCCUCAGCCGCGCCGUGCAGUUUACAGAAGAAAAGCUUGGUCAGGCAGAGAAGACUGAACUGGAUGCUCACUUAGAGAAUCUUCUCAGCAAAGCAGAAUGUACCAAACAAUGGACAGAAAAAAUAAUGAGGCAAACAGAGGUGUUAUUGCAGCCCAACCCUAAUGCUAGAAUUGAAGAGUUCGUGUAUGAGAAGUUGGAUAGAAAAGUACCAAGUCGUACCAACAACCCAGAACUUUUAGGGCAGUAUAUGAUUGACGCGGGGAAUGACUUUGGUCCUGGAACAGCUUAUGGUAAUGCCCUGAUUAAAUGUGGCGAAACUCAGAGACGAAUUGGAACAGCAGACAGAGAACUUAUUCAAACGUCUGCAAUAAACUUUCUCAACCCCUUACGAAAUUUUAUAGAAGGCGAUUAUAAGACAAUUGCUAAAGAAAGAAAAUUAUUGCAGAACAAAAGACUGGACUUGGAUGCUGCAAAAACCAGAGUGAAAAAGGCAAAAGCCGCAGAAGCUAGAGCGUCACAACUAAAUUCGCCUCAACCAGAAGGAGAUAACAUUAUGGUAAAUUUCUUUUACAUGCUCAACUUGCUGCAUGUAAAAUGGCUGAAGAUUUGGGCAGAGGAAGUGACAAAAUCUGAACAGGAAUUAAGAAUAACCCAGAGUGAAUUUGACCGUCAAGCAGAGAUAACCAGACUCCUGUUGGAAGGAAUCAGCAGCACCCACGCUCAUCACCUCCGCUGUCUGAAUGACUUUGUAGAAGCACAGAUGACGUAUUACGCACAAUGCUACCAGUACAUGUUGGACCUCCAGAAACAGCUUGGGAGCUUUCCAACUGCCUUCCUCUCCAAUAACAAUCAGUCCUCCACCAUCACUGUGCCGCCUGUUUCUGCUUCCCCAUCCGUGGCUUCCACCUCUGCCUCACUGCCUUCAUCAAGCAGCUCGAUAACCGCUCCAGGUUUCAGUGACUUGAAGGAAGCCAGCGGCAGCAGGAAGGCCCGGGUUCUGUACGAUUACGACGCCGCGAACAGUAGCGAAUUAUCACUUCUUGCAGAUGAGGUGAUAACAGUGUACAGCAUCAGCGGCAUGGAUUCAGACUGGCUGAUGGGUGAAAGGGGAAAUCAAAAGGGCAAAGUGCCAAUUACUUAUUUAGAACUGCUAAACUAAAUCGGUGGCCUUUUGAAAGACUACCAGUUAUGAUACCAUAUUUAUAUACGAGUAACUUUACAUAAGGCAGAUUCGUGUCUUCCACUUAAAUGUCUUAAGAGACAGAGAAUGAAUACCAGCCAUCAGAAACUGGCUUUUUCUGCCUAAAAUAUUGCAUGGUAAAUAUUUCGUUACAAGUUUGUGUUAAGAGCUUUUUACUUUGUGCCAAGGAUUGGGUUUUUUUUCCCCAGGAUUCUCUGUUUCUACUGAAGUUUUCACUAACAAGUGGCUUCUACUUUUGAAUAACCUAGAUCGAAAGCAGGAGAACUGUUUUCUACUGAACUUUUCAUUAAUGGCAAGCUUCUUCCUUUAUGUAAAAUAAAUUUAUUGUGAAUUGACAAUGCAA